AUGGGAAGAUUGUAUUUGAAGUAUUUGAAUGGAUCCUCCAUCUAUGUAUGCUCUAACUGCAACUCACAUCUUUCAAUGAAUGAUGAAAUUAUAUCUAAACAUUUCCAUGGACGUUUUGGAAAAGCAUACCUCUUCAACAAGGCUAUCAAUGUGACAACAGGUCCAUCUGAGGAACGGCAGCUAAUGACUGGACUUCAUGUCGUGUGUGAUAUUUACUGUGUAAAUUGCAAAGCUAACGUUGGAUGGAAAUACAAGAAAGCAUAUGAAAGCUCAGAGCAAUAUAAAGUUGGAAAAUUUGUUUUGGAAAAGGCAAAACUGAAGAAAGAGAACACGUUUUUGAAUUGA